AUGCAUGAUCUCAUGCAUGAUCUUGCAACUCUUGUGGCUGGGAUGGAAAGUACUAUGUUAACUUCAAGUAAGGAAAAUAUUGGUAAAAAGGUUCGUCAUGUAUCAUUUGAUCUUGAGGAUUUGUUGAGUAAUCUAGAGGAUUCAUCAAGGGAACUUCCAAUUCUCAUGGUUAAAGGAAUGAGAAUACGAACAGUUCUUGCACUUAGUGUAGGGAUAGAGUUGGGUAAGUUUACUUGUGAUGCACUCAUUUCAAAUCUCAAUUAUUUGCGCACAUUGGAUUUGAGUAAAUUAGAUCUAAGUGUGGUGUCACAUUCAAUUGGGGAAUUGAAACAUUUAAGAUAUCUUGAUCUUUCCAAAAAUAAAGAUAUUGAAUUUCUCCCUAAUUCGAUUACCAAGUUGCUAAAUUUGCAGACACUAAAACUCAGUGGCUAUGACUCACUUAAAGAAUUACACCAGGGCAUUAAGAAGUUGGUCAAUCUUAGGCAUCUAGAUACUAAUUGCACCAAAUUGACUCAUAUGCCCCUUGGACUUGGACAUCUUACUUCUCUUGAGAUACUAACACGGUUUGUCUUGAAGAAAGGAGGUUUCAAGGCAAGCUCUUAUAGUUGGUGUAAGAAAAAACAAGCUAGGUUUGGUGGUGGGCUAAGUGAAUUGAAGGAGCUGAGCAAUUUGGGAGGAAGCCUAUGGAUUGAAAAAUUGGGACAUGGAGAGGAUGACAUGCUGGAAUGUAAAGCCACAAAUAUGAAGGAGAAACAACAUCUUGAAGAGCUUCUUUUAUGGUGGGAGUGGGAUGAUGGAGAAAGCGAAUGUUAUGAUGAAAUGUCAGUAGAAGGCCUCCAACCACAUCCAAAUCUUAAAUCGUUGUGGUUGUGUUAUUAUAUGGGUGUGAGAAUUCCAAGUUGGAUCUCUUCUCUCACUAAUCUUGUCCAUUUGAGAUUAUCUAGUAAUAAUAGAUUGCAGCACCUCCCAGCGUUAAAUCAACUCCCUUUUCUCAAGUUUGUCUAUAUUUUAAAUAUGAAAGCUCUUGAAUACAUAUCAGAUGAAGACAUUACUAGUAACGUGUUGGGUGGUUCCUCUUCUUCUUCUUCAAAAACAUCAUUCUUCCCAUCAUUAUCUUCUCUCAUAUUAGACGAAUGCCCAAAUCUGAAAGGAUGGUGGAGGAAUUCAGAUGAUGAUGUUAAUGAGCCACACCAUCUCUUACUUCCAUCAUUUCCUCCUUGUCUUUCUAAAUUACAGAUUCUCAGAUGCCUUAACUUGACUUCCAUGCCCUCGUUUCCAUAUUUGAAAGAAGAGUUGGUAUUGCGUAUCGCUAGUUGGAAGGUAUUGGAGCAAACAAUGAAAAUGGGAGCAACCACAUCAACCUUCUCCUCAUGCUACUUUCCUCUCUCUCUCAAUUACAAUAUUUGA